CACUGUGUAGUUGGGGGAGCAGGAGAGAACAGCAUUCACUGUUGCUCCUCCUCGCUUCCUCUGAGUGAGCUUUGAGGCUAAAGACUUCUGAGGAGGAUCCUUUCUUUUUUUUCUGCUCCUUUUUGACUUCGUGAGGACCAAACCAAUGUCACCUCAUCCGUGAAAUGCUUUCUUUUCCCGUCUUGGACAGCGGAAUAUACUGAAGCCCGAGUAAAGAAAUAAGAAAAGAGACUCAAGAAGAAGUGGGGGCUGACUGAGUUGAUGAGUUGUGUGGAUGUUAUUUCUUGGAUUUCCAUCGGCGGUUUGUGUUUUAACGCGGCCCAGAGACAGCAACAGUGUGUGGAAAAGUAGAUUUGCAUGUUCAACAUAUGGCCUCGGUGAGGAUAACACGCUGGGUGCUUGGUGAAGCAUGGUGGUGAAGAUGGUAAAAGUGCGCUUAAUGGGGCCACAGUCAUGGGGCCAGGUCAGAUGGAUGAAUCUAACAGGAGUAGGAGUUCUUUAUCUCCUGCUGCUGUCAACCUGUGUCGGCCAGGAAGCUGAAGAUUGGCAAUAUGAGGAAUGUAAACUCUCUCGAUCGGGUCCUCCUGCAACCAUCGUGGCCAUAGAUGAAGAAAGUCCAAAUGGAACACUGCUGGUGGAGAACAUGCAAAUAAAUGGUGUGGCCGAGGGUCCGAAUCGAACGAUCUCCCUGUCGCUAAAGGAAAACAACGACUACUGGGUGAUUCUCGACCCUUCCAAACAGGCACUUUACCUGAACAGCACCGGACGGGUUCUGGACAGAGACCCUCCAUCAUACAUUCACUCCAUUGUGGUCCAGGUUCAGUGUACCAACGAACUGAUUGGCACUGUGAUUUUACACGAAGUCCGUAUUGUCGUUCGGGACCGCAACGACAAUACGCCCCAUUUCCAGCAGCCAAGAUAUUAUGUCUCCAUUAGUGAGCUCACUCCUGUAGGAACAACCAUCUUCUCUGGUUUUUCUGGAAACAACGGAGCAACAGACAUUGAUGAUGGUCCCAAUGGUCAGAUAGAGUACACUAUCCAGUACAACCCCAAAGACCCAACAGCCAACAGAACAUUUGACAUUCCACUAACAUUAUUCGGGUCUGUAGUACUCCGAGAAAGACUCAACUAUGAGGACAUAACACGAUACCUGGUUAUCAUACAGGCAAACGACCGAGCCCCUUAUCCAAGCGACCGCCUUACAGCCACCACUACCCUUACAGUAGACAUCCUGGAUGGAGACGACCUGGGCCCCAUGUUUCUGCCCUGUACACUCGUAGGAAACACCCGUGACUGUAAUCCCAUCACUUACAAGGCCAAUGUACUUGAAGUGACUGAGCCGGAUAAAGUGAACCCCCUCAAUGUGACUCCACCCAUUCAGGCAGUAGACCAGGACAGAAAUAUACAACCUCCGUCUGACAGGCCGGGAAUCCUAUACUCCAUCCUUAUAGGAAAACCAGGUUCUUAUGCGGAGUACUUCAGCCUGAACAGAACCUCAGCAGAACUGCUGCUGCUGAAACCCAUUGACAGAGAACUUUAUCGCAGGUUUGACCUGGUCAUCAAGGCAGAGCAAGACAACGGCCACCCCUUGCCAGCUUUUGCCAAUCUCCAAAUUGAAGUUCUGGAUAAAAACAAUCAGGCGCCCUACUUCCUGGAGACCAGUUACCAUGGAUACAUCAGUGAAGCAUCACCUGUAGGAACCACAAUAGCAAGUAACUCAAGCCUGUCGGCUCCUCUUGUCAUCAUAGGUCUGGAUAAUGAUGUAGAGGAGACACGAGAUCCUCAGCUCCAGUUCUCUCUGGACAGUUACUCUGAUGUUUUCUCUGUGUCCGCCUCUGGAAUCAGAAGAUAUCUGACGCUGGUGCAGCCUGUUGACAGAGAGACACAGGACUCCUACACAUUCACGCUUCUGGCAUCUGAUGGCGUGCAGCAGAGUGCUCCCGUCACAGUCACCGUCUCAGUGCUGGACGCUAACGACAACACUCCAACCUUUUCCAAUGUCUCAUACACCAUCAACCUGUUCACCAACAUGAUGCCAGGGGAAACUGUGUUACAGCUGACAGCAGUUGAUCCUGAUGCAGGUCAAAACGGUGAAAUCAGCUACAGAAUCUUGGCUGGUGGUCUGGGGAAGUUUCAUUUAGACAGCAGCAGUGGGAUCAUUACAGUGGCUCCAGGAGUCCAGCUGACUGUCGGACAAAGAUACGCUUUGACAGUAGAAGCCAUGGACAACGGCCCGGCGCCUCACAGACGGUCAUCCAUUACAACAGUCUAUAUCGAAGUUUUGCCCCCAAACAACCAGAGCCCUCCCCGUUUCCCACGGCAACAAUACAACCUGGAGAUCAGUGAAGCUAUGAGGACUGAAGCUACGCUGCUGAACUUACAGGCAGUGGAUCGUGAAAUGGACCCCAUAACCUAUCAAAUCCAGAGCGGAGACGUCACCGGAAGUUUUCUCCUGCAGCAGAAAUCAGGGUCUUUGGUUCUGAGCAGUCCUCUGGACAGAGAGUCUCUGGAUUAUUAUUCUCUGGUGGUCACAGCUUCAGACGGACACCCAGAUGGAACUUCUACCGCAAUAGUGAACAUUGUGGUGACUGACGUCAACGACAAUGAUCCAGUUUUCAAUUCUUCGCUGCCAGUGAACCUCAGCGUCACAGAAGAGGAGAAUCAUGCUUUUGUUGGACAGGUCAAGGCAACCGAUCCAGAUUUGGGGGCAAAUGGUCAGGUCCAUUAUCAGCUCAUCAACUACCAGACACUGUUUUCCAUCAACGCCAGCGGGUUCAUCACGACUGCCGUGCCUCUGGACAGAGAGGUGAAAGGCCACUAUGGCCUCGUUGUCGAAGCCUCGGAUGGAGCGGUUGACCCACGGCGAUCCAGACUGACGCUCAAUGUCACCGUUCUGGAUGUGGAUGACAACAGCCCCGUAUUCUCCCAGCAAUCUUACCACGUCAAUCUGCCCGAGAACAGCCCAAAAGAUACUGUCAUUCUCCAAUUAAAGGCGACAGACCCAGACCUCAACUCCAACCUCAUGUAUCGAAUCGGAACUGAAAGCCUGGAUCCUGAAAUAACAGAGCUGUUCUAUGUCCACCCCAUUACUGGGGAGCUGGUGGUUCUCAGGGCUCUGGACUUCGAGGCUCUGAACAAAUCUGACGCCACAUUUACGCUCACUGUAGAGGCUGUCGACAUGGAGGGUGCCAUGCCGCCUGGAGUGGCAUCUGUUACGGUCAGAAUAAUGGACAUGAAUGACUUUUCCCCAGAGUUCAGUCAGCCGCUGUAUCAAGGGAUGGUCGCCCCCAACGCCGUCAAGGGAACCAUCGUGACCACGGUCCUGGCCAGUGAUGCUGAUCCAGCGGGAACCCCAGCAGGACUGGUGAACUACAGGGUGGAUCAGCAAACACGUUCAUAUUCUGCCACGAUAUUUGACGUGGAAAAAGAGACGGGACAUGUGAUCACCAGAGUUAACCUUAAUGAGGAGCCCAACCUGAAGUUCAGCUUGGUGGUGGUGGCCUAUGAUCAUGGAGAGCCUGUGAAAGAGAACACAACCCUGGUAGAAAUUACAGUCCUUCAGCCCUCGGUUAUUCCCGUCUUCACCCAAGAAGAAUACAGGUUUCCACCAGUGAGUGAGGAGGCUGCCGUUGGAACCCUGGUGGGGGCGAUUAAGGCUGCAGCUGUCAAUCAAACUAUCGUAUAUUCCAUCGUCGACGGCAACCAGGGAAAUAUCUUCACAUUGAACAAAACCUCCGGAGAGAUUUCAACAGCCAAGGCUCUGGACUAUGAAACCAAAUCAACUUACAUCCUGAAGGUGGAGGCUGACUCCUCUUUCAACCUCAGAGCCCCCUCAAAGACUAACACAGCCAAGGUGGUGAUUGAUGUCCGGGACGAGAACGACCACCCACCAGUGUUCACCAAACCUCUCUACAUUGGAGGAGUUGCAGAAAAUGCCAAGACUUUCACCUCUGUCCUGCAAGUUCAGGCUUUGGAUGAAGACACUGGUAACUACAGUGCCAUGAUGUACCGGCUGAUCAUCCCCCCUCCUGCAGGCAAAGACACCAAAGACAGCAAAGACGGCUUCGUCAUCGAGCCGUACAGCGGUGUGCUGAAGACGGCCAUCAUGUACCGCAACAUGAGGAGGUCCUACUUUAAGUUUGAAGUGGUUGCCACUGACAACUACGGUCAAGGCCACAGCAGCAAGGCAGAGAUAGUGGUGUCAGUUGUGAACCAGCUUGACAUGCAGGUGGUUGUGUCCAAUGUCCCUCCAACCUAUGUGGACAAAAAUAAAGAGAAGUUGCUCAGCAUUUUGGAACAUUACGUCCAGGAGCAGAUACCGGGAGCAAAGGUUGUCAUGGAAACCAUAGGGCCUCAUCGGUACGGGGAAGGGAUGGAUCAGGAAGAUUACACCAAAUCUGAUCUGAUGAUUUAUGCCAUCGACCCUCUGACGAACAGAGCUGUGGCCACACAAGAGCUCUACAAGUUCCUUGAUGGAAAGCUUUUGGAAAUCAACAAAGAAUUCCAGCCUUUACUUCCUCCCGGUGGGCGAGUUCUGGAAAUCCGAACCCCCGAGUUGGUGACCAGCGUAAAGAAAGCCGUGCAGUCUGUGGGCUACACAGAAGGGGCACUGCUGGCGUUGGCAGUUAUCAUCAUUGUUUGUUGUGUUCCCGCCAUACUGAUUGUCAUUAUCACCUACAGACAAUUCAAAGAGCGCCAAGCAGAGUGUGCCAAAACAGCCCGUAUCCAGAUGGCACUGCCAACAGGUAAACCUGGGGGAGGAGCUGCCAACAACCUGUAUGAGGAACUGGGAGACAACGCCAUGCAAAACUGGUCAAACCACGGUGAUGGAAGCAGUGGGAGUCUCGGUAGUUUGGACGAAAGUGAUCGUCAGCGUUUGAUCUCCGAUUUUGCCACGCGAGCGAUAGCUGCACAUCGGCAGUGCAUUGCUAACGGAGGGGUUCUUAACAAACUCCCCAAGUCUGAGUCCAACAUCACUUUCCUGUCAGAUGAAAACCCCCGAACAACCAAAAACCCAAUCUACCAUGAAGACGGGACUAUGAGUAGUCCGGAGGCACUUGGGAGUCACAGGAGAAAAGACCUUCUUGGAAAUUUCAAUCCAUCCAAGACUGGCCUUCGGGAGGCUUGGUUGAGGCUUGGCUCGCCUGCGUGUGAUUUAGGGUUUGGGGGAAUCGGCAGCAGUGACAGUCCAUGGGGGUCAGGGGUCGGACACAGCUGGACCCUCCCAUCCAGACUGCAUCGUAGAGAGAUGUACGACGCUUUGAGAAGGCAGGUGGUGAUGGAUCCUGUGCAGUGGGAGCUGGAGCUCCUGAAGGCGGAACUCAAGGAGAGCAAAGAUGGCGGCCUGGAUUCAGGCUAUGACCACAGACUGGACUCAGAUUUGAUGGGAAGUCCAAGUCUAGAACCUAAGUUGACUGUGAAGGAACAGGCCAGGCAGUUUGAGCAGCAAGCUCUUCAGGAGAUGAGGCAACGGCAGAACAGAGAUUCCCGAGGUUCUUUAUCCCCGGACAUCCUUCUCUCCAUCUUUCCAGAGACUCCCCAGCACGCCAAAUACAGCCCCUCCCACAAUAUCCAAUUUUCUCAAAAUGUUGAAGGACCUCCUUGUAUCAUCAUCACUCACAGUGACGGAGGAACUCCUCCACCGAACCACAAGCCCACUCCUCCAGUGUUGCGGCGCUUUGGCGCCAACCUAACAGGAAAUUCUGAAGAGAGAAUUCAGGUCCACUUAGAAGUUAUCCCUGAUCCUCCUUCAACGCCUCCUCCGCCACCUCCAUUACCACCACCUCCACCUCCGACUUCUCCUCCUCCUCCUCCUUCACCUUCACACCACCCUCCGUCCCCUCCCCCUGGCCCAUUCCCCUUCUCCCAGACUAGCAACGGAGAGGUUGCGCCUCCCCCUCACCCACCACCUCCACCACCUCCUCCACCUCCUCCACCCCUGCCUCCCCCUGUGUCUCCCUCUCUCCUGCGCCCGUCAACAUUUGUUCUGCCAUCGCUGUCAGAGGUCCCGGCUCUGCGCCCAGUGUCUCUCCGGCCGCCGCCCCCGCCCCUGAUUGUGGAGGCCGAGCCCCCCCGCAAAGAGCUGAAGGGAAUCUUGAAGAACAUCCAGAACAUUGCAGAGAUCGAGAAGUCUGUGGCCAACAUGUUCAGCCAGAUCGAUCAGAAGCAGAUUCCUCUCAAAAGAGUCAUGAAGAACAGGGCCUCCGUCGAUUCGCUGGAUUCCCUCGACUCUUUGGACGCAUUAGCAGUUGGGGGAGGAGAGGAAGUGCGAGACGGACUAGAAAGAGUUGGAGGAGAAGGAGAGGAUCCCCCACCCCAGCAGACCCUGAAGCCCAAUAUGAACUCCAUUGUGGAAGAACUUGAGAAACGAUUCCCCUCACAGUCCACAUUGCUUUAGCUUCUGCUUCCCCUGUUGAUCUCAAAUCUCAUUCUCCUUUUUUGCUAAAGAAAAGGAACUCAGCUCAACAAAGUGAGAGAAAGAAAACAGGAUUUCUUCUUCUUCAAUAAAUGACCAGGUGAUUCGGUUGGGGGAAUUACAGAAGUAGUAAACCGUUACAUUUCUGACUUUCAGUCAUUUUAAAUUGUAGAUUUCCGGCAAGAAAAUCUUUUAGAUGUCACUAAAAAUCUGAAAUCCCUCAUCUCCACGUAUCAACAGUUGUGUUGAUUUUGUUCUGGUCAUCAAAAGCUGAGAUUGACCCUCCGUGCUUCCAACACAUGGAUGUAAAUAGGAGAACUUUUUAAAAGACAGCAAAGUUUAAUUUUGUAAACCUGGACUUAACUGGACCCAUUUCCCAGACUUCUGCUGUUACUAUUCAUCUUUUACUUUUUAUAAAUAAUGAGUUUUUUAAGUGCUUAGAAUAAUUAGGUAGCAUCCUCUACUACCUUUUCACAUAUACAGUACAUGCUUUUCUUUUUUUAAGUCUCAGUGUCACUGGCAUAAAUGUGAACUGUGUCGUUUUUAGGAUUUUCCAAGUAGAAACACAUUUAAGUGAAGCCUGCUUGCUUCAUUUGGAAAUAAAGUAAUAAUUGGUGUAAAACCUCAUUGUACUGGGAGAGUUUCUGAAGGAUCUCAUGACCCCAGACAUGGAAACAUGUUUACUGAUGAAUAAAUCGGCUUUCUCAACAUCAUCGUGUCUUCAAUAAGGUCAACAUGAGGCUAAAAUCUGACGGUUGACGGUAGCUCCUCCCACUUUUGGACAAGCCUGGAGCAGCAAAUCUGUUGUGAUCUGAUCUGAACUGGUGUGAACACAGUAGGAGCAGCAAUUGACAUUUGGUUGAAACAAAAGAUUGUUGAUCUUUAAAACAUUAGGAAUGGCAACAGCAGAAAUGCUGCCAGUGCAAAACGUCCUAUGCUCUAUGGCAGGAAAUAACAUUAAUAUGAAAUGGACCAAGUGUUCAAGGACAUUCUGGACCUUCAUACUGCUCCAAGGUUUCUUAGAGGAUAACUUUCUAGCUGAAGGUGGUCAAAACAGAUGGAAACUUGAGACCUGGCUCAAAGCCUUUCUGUGAAGUGGUUCAGGGUGAAGAAAGGUUGCAUUACUCAUACCAGCAGGAUAUAAUUUAAAAAUUAAAAUCGGGUUCUUAAAGUACUUUCCUACACAUUUUUCCAUUGAACAGAAGUCAAUUACAUUUUAUUGAACUCCUCAACCACACUAUAUAUAAAGAUUUAAUGGCAAAUGUAAGCUGGAUAUAUUUAAUGUCAGUAUCAAGUCAAUGUAUCCCAAAGUCAGUAAUCUGUGGAAUUAUAGGUCUUUUAGGCUCCUCAACUUGGUUUGCACUCCUGAUCUUUUUGUAUUUGAAAAGGAAAAACGAGUUCACUAGAAGAGAAAAAAAACAUCGGGGCAAAAGUUUGAUUGGUUUUGUUUCUAAUUUGGUCACCAGAUGUUUACCAAAACUUGCCACAAGCUGUUCAUCUGAUGGUUGGUUCUUAUAACAUUCUGUAAAUUACUAAGAACAGGACGAAGCAUCACACAUCUAUUGUUAAACUAGAUCAACCUGGAAUAAAGUAAAUCCUAUUGUCGAUAAUUGCUUUUGUAAGUUAUUUGUAAGACAUUUUUCAAAAUUUUAUACCUUCAGACUUCUAAAUGUGACCAUAAUAGUAGGUUUUUGUAUGUAUUGUAUAUUUUGGGACCAUUUAUUGGUCUUCUAUAUCUCUACUUAUUUAUGAUUUUGUUGUUGACUUUGUGUGUUUGUGUAACUUCUCAUUUCUUGUCAUGUGAAUGUCUGAUUUUUUUUGGCUUGUUUCUAGGAUACGCACAGAAGGACAAUAAACAAAAACAACUUA